UUAGUUUUGAAGCUGUAUCUUGUUUCCAGCACCUAAUAAUUUCAUAUAUAAUUUCAUCCAGUUAGCUCAAAUUACUAGCUAGGCGCUAUAUCUACGCAGAAAGCACCUAUAACCAGCCCCUUGAGCUCCAGCCCAACCUCGCAAAACACCUAAUUCCUGGUUAUUUCCAUGAUUGUUGUGAAACCAUAUCCAAAGCAACGCUGAAUCUGAUCAGAAUUGAGAUAAUAUCUUCUGUCUCAAGCUUCCAGUCCUGGAGGCAAAGCUCAAAAAAUGACAUCCGCUACACCUUCAGAGAACAGCAAAACCAGCUCAUUUGGUAGCUACGCUCGAAAACUAUCUAUAACCCCCAAAUCUAGCAUCCACAUUCAUAUCAAGAACCACUACCGUUCCAAGGUCUACACUACUGGCUCAGAAGUAUCAGGCCAUGUCACCAUCAACCCUCCUGUGGACGUGCGGUUCGACACAUUACAAGUUGUAUUGCUCGGCACCAGCAAGACUCGCCUAGAUGCCGUCAAUAUUCCCCAGUCUACGGCACAUACUUUCCUCAAGCUCAUAAUGCCCAUUCCAGAAUCUGCAUAUCCGAUACCACGAGUAUUCGAAGCGGGCAUGACUUAUACAGUACCGUUCACGUUUGUCAUCCCCAGCACCCUCACGUUGAACGCAUGCAAUCACAACGUUGCCAAUGAUUCCGUUCAGGAGCAUCACGUGAGGUUGCCUCCCUCCGUAGGUUCUUGGGAGAAGGAUGACUUCUCGCCGAAUAUGAGCCGUGUGGAGUAUGCAGUCAAGGCACGGGUGUACAAAGACGAGGAAGGCGUCAGCCUUGGAACUAAGCUUCUGGAGGCCUGUCAGGAGAUUCGGGUGUUGCCUGCUGUUCCAGAGGAUGCCCCUUUAAAUAUCACCGAGAACGAUGACCUAUACAAGAUGUCAAAGAGAAAGACAUUGAGAAAGACGAUCAUAUCUCCGAAAUCAGGGACAGUGACGAUCACGGCGACGCAACCGAGCGCGGCUAUUCUCAGUCCAGAUGGGCAGACUAUUACAACGACCUCGGUACCCCUGACUCUUGAAUUUGAGCCUUCCGCAACCGACGUGCAGCCACCGAAGAUCACCGGGGUUUCAUCCAAGGUCGCCGCAGUUACCUUCUUCAGCGCCUGUGGAAUCAACCAUUACCCUAAUCUUAAGGAUGGACGCCGGAAAUUUAGCACAGAUGGGCGCGGUUCGUACUCAAGCACAGUAUCAGCGUCUACUGGGUCAAUAGAAGCGCUUCGAUGGGGUCGUCAUAUAUCGAUGAACGCGAGAAGAGAUUCCGGGUACGGUAGCGAAGGCUUGUCUUCGUCAGAUUCUGACCAAACUCCCAAGACCGCUCCUAUGAAGAAGAGCAAGGGCUCUUUGCCAUCGCCGGUAUACUACACUUCUCGCGUUCAAGUACCGAUCCAGUUGCCGGCACACAAGAAGGCGUUCAUCCCAACAUUUCACUCUUGCAUCACCUCACGCGUCUAUGUACUCUCGCUCACCGUAUCGGUUUCAUCCGGUGGCGCUAGUGCACAUAUCACCCUUAACGUGCCAUUGCAGAUCAGCGUCGAGGCUACAGAGCUCCACCCAAAUCUUUCAGUGUUGCCCCCGAGCUUCGAGGAGGUAGAACAAGCUGAUGCGGCUGAUUACUUGCAACCAUACUCCACCAAUAUACCUACGAUCGAUUUUCAAGCUGGCUCUGCGUUACCCGAUUACGCGGAUAUAGAGUUUCGUCAGCAUCGGAGGCCGGUGGCAGCUCACUAAGCAUGCUGAUGUUCUUCCGACGACUUUGUUUCUUGCCCCUUUUACGUUUAUUACAGUUGGUAAUACCCCAAGAUUGGAUAUACCACGAUCAUUCGAGAUCAAUAUUUUUUUUAUUUGUU